CUGUUGAAGUCAUCUUUGGCAGGCUGCGCACCGACCCCACCAUGCUGGGUUCCAUUGGGCUUUCUGGUGACCGCGAACUCUAAACCAAAGACUCGCUCCUUGUCAUAUUCAACUUUGUGGGAUAUCUACGUAGUACUCGUUGAUUCGUGUAUUAGAUCGACUGACAAAACCGCGGUUCGGUUAGAGAAACUUCCAGACCGCGUUCGAACACGAGCAUGA